CCUUGCUGCAGCCACCCGAAGAAAAAAAAGAGAACCCAGCCAUGCCUUGGAAAAUUGGUAAGGAAGCUUGGAUUUUUCCUUCUUUUCUUCCCCAGCCAUUUCCCGAUUCUGCUAUUCUUCUUCCCGCUGCAGCCGAACAAAGCCCCUAAGCUGCUGGCGACUUCCUCCCUUGAAAACUGUUAAAGCUUGAAGAUUUCUCUUUCUUUUCUUGUUCUAGAACCCAGAAAUUCUCCCCCCCUGCUGGAAAAUCCGGAUCUGCCUUGCUCUGUCCGCCGGCUGCUCUUGUUGUGGGGGCCGAAUUUCUCUGAUUUUGGGUAAGAAACAGCCAUGAUUUCAUCCUUUUAGCUUUGAUUUAAGUUGGGUUUGCCUUAAUUUCCCUUGAUUUCUCCAAUUUUUGGGUAAAACCCGUGAGUUCCCUGCAGGAUUUCUUCUUCCAUGCCGCCGGCCUUCCCCCAAACUGCAGUUCGGUUGUGCUAGGAAAAUUAUGGUUUCUGAUCGUUCUGUCAGUUAGCACUGAGAUUGAGUGCUCAGUUUUAUGCGAGUGAGGAAGUGAAACCGAAGAUGGGGAAACCACGGGAAGUGACGAGUUGAAAGCUAGCCAUUUCGAGAUUGAUAUAUAUUUUAGAAAGAAAUCAUGAUCUUGUAAACUGGAGUGUAUUUGGAGAUUUUAUGAUAUCAGAGAGAUUUUAAAGAUUUGAUCAUCAGAUUUUGUGGAUUGUUAGAUGUGAAUUUGAUAAGUUUCGAGCCUUGUGCAUUUGUGGGAUCCUCUCACGAGUGCACGACGUCUGUCGUGCCUCGAAUUUGGGUUUUGGGGCGUGACAACCAUAUCUAAUCUCACGGGAUUUUCUCCGAAAAUCACAGUAGCCAAAAUAAGCUAAUUUUCUACAUGAAUUAAGCUAAAUCAUGGUCUAAUUUCUAUCAAAUUUCUCCCCUAUUUCCAGCAGAUUUUCGGACACACAAGGCAACAAAUAAAUGGACAAAUUCGGGGCUUGGAGGGGCUGUCAACAUACCAGAAUUUUCCCAACAAAAACUGGACUGCAGUCUGGGGGAAGAGCCGACGGUAAUUUCUGCAGGGGACUCACGGCUACCAAAAUUCAAGAACCAAAACACAAUUCAAAUUAAAGCUGAAAAGAUGAAUUCAUGGCUGCUUCUUACCAAAAAAUUAGGGAAUUUUGCACCCACAAGCAAGAGCAGCCGGCAGAAGGAUAGAGCAGAGUAGGGCAGAUCCGAAAAUUCUGCAGAGGGGGGAAAGUUUCUAGGUUCUAUAUGUGUUCUAGAACAAGAAAAGAAGGAGAAAUUUCAAGCUUUCUACCGGUUUUUCAAGGGAUGGCUGUCGGCUU